AUGGGCAAAUCGUCCAAGGAUAAGCGUGAUGCCUACUACCGGCUAGCCAAGGAGCAGGGCUGGCGCGCGCGGAGCGCCUUUAAGUUGCUGCAGCUCGACGAAGAGUUUGACCUGUUCUCCGGCGUGACUCGCGUGGUUGAUUUGUGUGCCGCACCCGGCAGUUGGUCACAGGUGCUGUCCCGCGUGCUGAUCAAGGGCGAGUCAUUUGGGCGCACGGCGUGGCAGAACCAAGAGGCGCUCGUCCGGCAGCAGAUGCUCCGCGUGGGGGGUCAACCGGCAGCGGCCACCGCACACAACGAGGCCGUGGCGCCUCCUCCCGCCCGCCACGAUGUCAAGAUUGUGGCCAUUGACCUGCAGCCCAUCAGCCCGCUGCCCGGCAUCGUGACACUCCGUGCCGACAUCACACACCCAGCGACGGUUCCGCUGCUUCUCAAGGCACUGGAUCCCGAGUCUGCACCCUCCGACACCAAUGCAAGCAACCCGGUCGACCUCGUGCUGAGCGACGGCGCGCCCGACGUCACCGGCCUGCACGACCUCGACAUGUACGUGCAGUCGCAGCUGCUGUUUGCGGCGCUGAACCUGGCGCUGUGUGUCCUGAAGCCGGGUGGCAAGUUUGUGGCCAAGAUUUUCCGGGGGCGCAAUGUCGACCUGCUCUUUGCACAGCUCAAGCUGUUUUUUACGCGCGUCGUCGUGGCCAAGCCGCGGUCGUCGCGGGCGAGCAGUGUGGAGGCGUUUAUCGUGUGCCUGGACUUUCGGCCACCGGCAGCCUUUCAGGCCAGUCUGGAGCGGCCGCUGGGUGUGGGCGACAUCGUCCCGGACCUGCCACCGGAAGGCGCGGACACGGCAGAGUCGUCUGCGUCAACGGCGGGCGACCACAUUGUCGAGGUGACGCUGGAAGACCUGCGGCCGUCUGACGCGAUCAGGGCGGCGCCGUCACUCGGCUCUCGCUGGAUCGCGCCGUUUGUGGCCUGUGGUGAUUUGUCCGCGUUCGAUUCGGACGCCUCGUACAAGCUGCCAGACGACUACGUGUCUCUGGAUCCUGUGCAGCCGCCGACGGCACCGCCAUACAAACGGGCGCUCGAGAUGCGCAAGGCCGCCGGCGGUGCCUACGGCAAGACGACAAUCUAG